CUCAACCACAGCAGGCUUCUCCCUCAGAGGAGGAGACAGUGAGAAGCAGUUGGAACUCAUCUCUCUCUGCCUUCCCAUAGCACCUGGCAGAGGCUCAGGAGACGUGAGGAGCGCGAAUGGGCAGAGCAGAAUCUCUAGAAGGGAAGAUGAGCGCCCAGGAUCCUUCAGAUCUGUGGAGCAGAUCAGACGGAGAAGCAGAGCUGCUCCAGGACUUGGGGUGGUACCAUGGUAACCUCACACGCCAUGCGGCCGAGGCCCUUCUCCUCUCCAAUGGAUGCGACGGAAGCUACCUUCUGAGGGACAGCAAUGAAAGGACCGGGCUGUACUCUCUCUCUGUGAGAGCCAAAGACUCUGUCAAACACUUUCAUGUUGAAUAUACUGGAUAUUCGUUUAAAUUUGGCUUUAAUGAAUUCUCAUGUCUGAAGGAUUUUGUCAAGCAUUUUGCAAAUCAGCCUUUGAUUGGAAGUGAGACAGGCACUCUGAUUGUUCUGAAACAUCCCUAUCCAAGGAAAGUGGAGGAACCAUCCAUUUAUGAAUCUGUCCGGGUUCACACAGCAAUGCAGACGGGAAGAACGGAAAGUGACCUCGUGCCCACUGCACCCUCUCUGGGCACCAAAGAGGGUUACCUCACCAAACAGGGGGGCCUGGUCAAGACCUGGAAAACAAGAUGGUUCACGUUGCACAGGAAUGAGCUGAAAUACUUCAAAGACCAGAUGUCACCAGAACCAAUUCGGAUCCUAGACUUAACAGAAUGUUCAGCUGUACAAUUUGAUUAUUCACAGGAAAGAGUAAACUGUUUUUGCUUAGUGUUUCCAUUCAGGACAUUUUAUCUCUGUGCAAAGACAGGAGUGGAAGCUGACGAGUGGAUCAAGAUAUUACGCUGGAAACUGUCUCAAAUAAGAAAGCAGCUCGACCAAGGGGAAGGCACAAUCCGAUCUCGGUCGUUCAUCUUUAAAUAGGCCUUCCCUGCCCAAGCGCGCAGGGCGGAAUGGACCCUGAUGUUGUGAUCCACAGCAGGCUUCAGACGAAAGCUGACUAAGGCUUUUUCUUUCAAAACAAACCAAAAGCACAUGCAGAUUUGGACCUUUCGGAACCCACCACAUUUGCUGACUUGUGGGUAACUGCUUGCCCUUCAGGAUGUUGUCACCUCCGUGAGAAUACCAAAGCUGUCAUCGUUCUGAUGGAAGCCGAUGAAACCACCAACCCAGGCGUGCUCACUUUUAGGAAAUGUAGAAGACAAAGGGGUUUUGUGUUCUCUCAUUGCGGUCCCCAAGCCGCAUGGCAUCCCAUUCUGCAUCACAGUCAGCUCCUCCGACAUCCAGGUUGUGCUAUCAACCAGGAAGGGAACAGCUAUGUGCUUUGACUGCUUCUACAGAAAGUGCCUAGAAAUAACAAACACCGAAGAUUGAGGAUGGGGGCAGCGCUGGUUCUGUUUUUUGUUUUUGUUCUUUCUUUAUACAGAAAACCAAACAAAACCAAAAUGGGAAAUUUCUUUUCUCUUCGUAACAGGCUCAGGCAUCUAGUGGGUCCUUCCUUCCCUUCUAAUGAUAAGCCCGUGAAAAGUACAUGUCCUACCGGCUAUUAAGUAGGAUGAGAAAGAUAAAGGAAGGUAAUCAUUUUGGGGAAAAUGUUUUAAAGAGUAGGAAAGCCUAACUUGAGGAAAGGUAAUAAAAGAGCCGGUUACUUGUAGCUUAAUAACAAUCCGUGUUAUCAGUAUUAUAACUAGAACAAUAAUAGAGUAUUUGUAAGCGCUGGGUUCUCUUCAUGCAACAUCUCUGCGAACAGAUUGAGAGACUUGUGAAGCCGAGUGUGUUGGGACAGUCCCUUCCCCAGGGCGAGCUGCCGGUGUCGGCCUGGGGCAAGUCAGAAUUCCCUGGCACUGAGAUAGCUGAGCACUCUCGCCUUAUUCAAGAGCAACUUCUGUGGCCACAUGAAGGAGCAACACUAAGUCCGUAUGAAACGAACAAUGAUGUGUUACAGCGCAUUUUCGAACUACAAAAAGAGGAUUGAAAUAGGGUAACGAGAUACUGGCAUCCAGAGCUCAAACAGAUUCUAACCCCUUCUCUUAUCUUUAUGAAUACUGCUUUUUUUUUUUUUUUUAGAUAGAAGUUUAAAGGGACAGAAAAGUGGAGGGAGACCCC